AUGGAGCACAAAAUUGAUCGGAUAUCCGAAUUGCCGGAACCAAUUCUAGAGCACAUCUUAUCAUUCAUCCCCUUGGAAAAAAUACCUCAGCUUAGUAUAUUGUCCAAGAGAUGGCAAAACGUUUGGGCUUUGCUCCCCAUCCUGGAAUUCAAUCAAUACAUUCGGGAAUUUAACCCUGUAAAAUUGGGCAGUAUUUCAGUCAAUGAGAAAGAGCAGAAAAUCAGGAGAAUGAAAUACGACUUUAUUUAUUUUAUGGAGAAAAUUUUACAAAGCCGUUAUAGGCAAAGGCUAAGUAUAAACAAGUUUAAGCUCGAAAUGUUCGACAUCGAUGAAUCGGAUUGUGCUCUUUUGAACCGUUGUAUUGGGUAUGCAAUUGAAAGCAAUGUCAAAGAGUUCAAUGUUGAGCUAGAGUAUGAUCAGCUUGUGGAAGAGCCUGAGCACUACUAUCAGUUGCCUGAGAGCGUUCUUACAACAAAAUCAAUAACAAAGUUGUCAUUGUAUAAGGUUAAGUUCGAUUCUUUUAAUUGUGAUAUUAACUUACCCUCUUUGAAAAAGUUGUAUUUGCAUGAAGUUCGUGUGGACGAGCAGUUUAUCCAAACUGUAAUUGCAAGUUGCCGUGUGCUAGAAGACAUAUCCUUUAAAGGUUGUUAUGGUUUUAAAAGCAUACAUGUUUCAGGUCUUCCUAAACUCAUGGUCCUCAAGCUGAAGUAUAAUCAUGAUCUUAAGAGAGUUGAGGUGCAAGCAUCGAGUCUUCAAUCUCUACACAUCGAUAACUUUUGGAUACCGUGCCAGAUCAACCUAGCCCCGUGUGAAAGCCUAAAGGAGUUAGUCUUACAUGGAACCACCAAAACAAGCAAAUGGUUGCAUGACAUUCUUCUUAAACAUCCACGCGUAGAGAAGUUGGAUCUAACAGGCUGCAAUAUGUUGGAAUGGGUUUAUAUUUCGAGUCCCCACAUGAAAACCUUAAAUCUUUCAAGGUGCGAAAAGCUGGUUGAAGUGAACAUUAAUGCUCCAAACUUACAUUCACUCGGGUAUUGUGGUGGUGUUAUAUCCUAUGCUUUGAACGUUACGGCUCUAUUCGAAGCUAAUCUCAAUUUUGUGGGAAGGAUUCCUUGGAAUGUUGAAAAGAUUGCAUUCCUUGCAAACUACUUAAGUCAUCCCAAACUAUUGACAUGGAGAACUGUAUUUAUUGAGGGUGUGAUUAUUCCAAAAGAAUUGAGAGAAAGCCAACAACCAUUCCGGCCAUUAUAUAAUGUCAAGAAGUUGGAGUUAAAAGCAUAUUUUUCGCCUAAGAAAAACGAAUUCAGUGAACUCGUGGACUCCAUGUUAUGGAUUUGUCCACUUUUGGAGAUUCUAUCCAUAGAAUGCAAAGAUGAGAAUAAGUCAGUUCACAAUAUAUUUUUCAAGUUCUCAUACGAAAACCCAGUUUAUAAAGGCGGGGAGAAUUUCAAUUGUUGCAAACUACUUCUAGAUCUAUGUUGGCGGCAUUAUUUAAAGACUGUCAAGAUUGAGGACUCUGGAGGACUUGCAGAUGAAGACGAUCUAAGGAAAUAUUUUUAUGAGAAUGCAAAAGUAUUAAAGAGCUUCCAAUAUGCUUAA